GCGGUUGAUCUGCAUGGAUGGACAAGUUUUGCUCUUCUUCUCUCUUAAAACUUGGCUUAAUUUUUUAUUACUCAACAUGUAAACGUAUCCAUGGAAACCUGUUUAAAUAUUUAAGGGUGGAGGAGUCGGCUUACUUGCUGGAUUCCAGACAGAAAUUUUUUCCUCCACAUGAAAACAUACAUUAGAAAUCCAAAUACACCAUACAACCACAAAUCGUGGAAAAUUUGUUUAAAAUUAAUCACGGCAUUGUAAAUAAAUUUGUGUAUUUUCUCGAGUUUUAUAAACUUAUUGCAAAAUGGACAGACCAUCAAAAACUAAAAGGACCUUCUGGUUAAUUGCUGUACCAAAAGGUACUAUAAACUCGAGUGUUCAAAGUAAAACUGACUGCGAUGCUGGAAUUAGAAAGUGGCUAAUUUACGAGUCUAGAAAAAACAUUGAUCAAGCGUGGGAUAAAAUUAAAGGUGCCACAGAAUCAGGACAACUGACAGAUAUUGGGGCUAAAGUUUCUACCCGAAAGAAGAAAUCGGCUGAAAUCGGUGGUGGAACAAGUGAUCACGUAAUUUGCAUUUACACCAAGGAUACCGAAGAGCACAAAGAUGCCGUUCGACAAGCCUUGUACAAUCUUGGAUUUGUCCGCUAUCUCCCGUACAAGACGGACGCUGCCACAACCGCGGGAAUAUACACGAAACAAUUUACCCCCACAAAAGUUGCUCACCAUGAUGACGAUUCUUCCGAAGAAAGUGAUGAACGUCCCUUAUCCACCUCUACCUCAACGAAGCGAGCGUACCCAAGCCCUUCCACCUCUUCCGCAUCUAGCCCCAAAAAAGAAAAACUAGAAUCUCCAUCAUCUCACCAACAUUGGACCCCGCCCACCGGUAAUCCUAUCAAGGUGUUAAUCACAGAUAAUUCCGCUUACAGAUGCAAUGGCCAAAGAUUCGUCCAUGUGCAACAAUUGUAUCCGCUCCUUUCCGGUAAGCCGCCCGACGUCUUGUUCCCCAUCGACCAAUUUGCCCGUGUAAGCCAAGCUUUCUACACCUUAUCCAACACUCGUCCCACACGGGAAGGAUCUGACAAGACGGUAGUCGUCUUAGACGAGGAAGACUUGGCUGUCAAAAUUUGGGGAGAGCGAGUCUCCCAGUUUGAUGGGAAGUUUUCAAUCGUCAUGCAACACAAGAAGAACAAGAAGAAAGUCCACUUUCUCCAGUCGGAUGGGAUAUUUUGCUACAAAAGAUUAGAAUGGCUACGAACGAAGGAUGAUGUGGACGGUGAAGAUAAAUUUUCGUCGGAAGAGAAGCCCGAUGAGGAAGGUGACGAUGAAAACGAUGCUACUGGGGACGAAUGGUCCGUACAUUUUGCGGGGGAAGAUUCUGAUUAAGCUACUUUGUCGUAAUUUCAUACCUUCCAGCAAGGAAUUAGUCGCUGAAUUUAUAAGCCCCUAAAUUUCAUAAUUUUUGUGUUCAUACUAUUAAGCGAAACAACUUAAGAAUUAUUUACAAGCAAUUCAAAAUUUUUAAGCCAUGUUAAAAUUUAUUUGACACUAUAUUUAUAAAAGAACCUGUAUGAUCACAAACGAAUAUACCAAUACUGCCUGUUUGAUUAUGUUAAUAAUAAAUUUUGCACAAAUUGUAUGUACUUUCUUUA